GGAGAAGCGGCUGGUGGAGAAACUCAAUCAUCACCACCACCACCACCACCACACACUCAUGACUGGACUCCAAACACCGACCCCUCACCACCACCACCACCAUCACCACCACCACUUCCACCACCUAGAUCCUCUCUACCACACAUAACACCACCCAAGACAUACCUCUCCUCAUUCUCGCAGUACCACACACCCCAACCUCCUCCCCCACCACCUUCACCACCACCACCACCUCCCCCACCACCUUCAUCACCUCCACCUCCACCACCGCCGCUGCAGCAGGUAAUGGAUCGCCGGAACUCAAGUCACAGCGUCAGUGUUGCCAGUACGAAGGUUCUCCCGACACUGAUACCCUCCCAUCUCCACCCACCACCACCACCACAGACUUCCUCCUCCUCCUCCACCACCGUCCACCUACGCCACGCUCCACCACCACCACCAUCACCUCCACCACUCCAAGCCUCCACCGCCACCUCCACUUCUUCGUCAGAAACCGCCGAUGAUGGAGCCGAAGACGAAGAGGAACAACAAACAUCGGCGAACGACCUGACCUUACCAACAUUACCACCGCAACCGCAACCACUAUCACCACCAUCGCCACAUCUGAGGUUGCCGCUCUACCACUCCAGGACCCGCCGGCUGGACCAGGGGGCACCACGCGUCCUGGGGGCCCCGGGGGGAAGCCUUACCUGGGGCAUGUUCACCACCGGGGGGACCACACACCACCAACACCCUCUGAAGCACCCUAACAGGAGACUCACGUACACCCUGGGGCAGGACUUCACACCGGGGUCCUUCAGGAGGCUUUACUGGCCCAGGGUCCUUCACGCCCUGGGUAAAGAGGCGUCCUGGGGGGGUGGAGCCACAGGGGACGUCUCCGGCAGCCUAGGAAAGGAUGUCGGGCGUGCAGCGUUUGGUGGUGACGGAAAGGGACAGUCUUGGGCGUCCCCUCACCUCGCUUCUUCGUCCCUCCGGCAGGUGGCGCUGAAGGGGGACAGAGAAGGUGGUGAUGGUGCUGGUGGGCGGCGUAGAGCGUCACGUGACCUGGGGCUGACCCACUACCCACUCACAGGUAAGAUAAAGUCCGCCCCCCAGCUUCGCUACACGCCCAUCGAGCAGACGGUGUCCCCCGGGGCUCCUGUGUCCCUCAAGUGCUCGGCCGUGGGCUCCCCUUUACCUGUGAUCACCUGGACGCGCGACCAGCAGCCCCUCCCGCCCUCCCACAGAACCAGCGUGGGCAGCUUCCGCACGGCGCUGGGCCAGGUGGUGAGUCACGUCAAUCUGAGCGACGUGACGGUGCGGGAGGGCGGCGCCUACACCUGCACCGCCCACAACGCCCACGGCUCCCAGUCACACUCCGCCCGCCUCAACGUGUACGGCCCCCCCUUCGUGCGCGCCAUGCCCAACGUGACCGCCGUGGCCGGGGAGGACGUGCGGCUGUGGUGUCCUGCUGGAGGCUUCCCGCUCCCCGCCGUGUCUUGGAGGAGGGAAGGCCGCGCCCUCCGCUCCUCGCUAAGGCGGGAAACGCUGAGUAACGGGACGCUGUUGGUGCGAAACGCGGAUCACGAAGACGCCGGCCGCUACUCCUGCGUGGUGACGGGCAGGCAGGGGCGGACGGCAGCCUCGCAUACCUUCCUCCACGUCCUCAAACCGCCCAAAAUCGAGCCGUUCAACUUCCGCCGGAACCUCCAGGAGCGGGAGAGGACCCAAGUCACCUGUAUGAUUAACUCGGGCGAUCUCCCCAUCACCAUCAACUGGCUCAAGGACGGCCGCCACCUUCAGCACGACUCUGCCAUUGAUGUGAAGCAGAUGAGCGAGUUUUCCGUGACGUUGCUGUUCAAGGCCCUCAAGGAACACCACUCCGGCUCCUACACGUGCGAGGCCGCCAACGCCGCCGCCACCGCCAACCACACCGCCACGCUUACGGUCAAGGUGUCCCCACGGUGGGUGAUGGAGCCAGGGGGGAGGACAGCGCUGGUGGGGUCCACGGUGGUGCUGGACUGUAGCGCCCGUGGCCACCCCCAGCCCGUCAUUACCUGGAUGAAGGCCCCAGGCGAAGCGGCGCAGGAUUUCCAGCCGCUGGUGACGGACGGCGUGCGGGUGACGCAAGCCACCAACGGGUCACUGGUGCUGCCGCAGGUCACGUCGCACCAGGCUGGGUGGUACCUAUGUCAGGCUGCCAACGGGGUGGGCAAGGCGCUCUCCAAGAUGGCCCAGCUGACGGUGCACGCCCCCGCGCGAGUGGUGACGGAGGGGAGCCGCAUCACGGGUCACUCCGGCCAGACGGUGACCCUGCGGUGUGAGGCAACGGGUGACGCCCCCCUGACCGUCACCUGGCUGAGGCACCACGCACCCGUCACCCAGGACCACAGAACCCUGGUGCAGGAGACCAACAUCGGGGAGGGCGCGGCGCAGGCAGUGUUAGAGGUUCGAAGCAUCACGGCAGCCGACGCAGGACCCUACACAUGCCGCGCCACCAACCCCCACGGCGACCACGCGCAGACCUACACCAUCUCCGUCAUUGAGCCGCCAACACCCCCAUCAGGCGUGGAGAUAACGGAGGUGGGGAGUCGCUCUGCCCGCAUCACUUGGUCACUCCUCCAGCCGGCUGCAGUCACCAUACAAUAUAAAGCCAUGAUAGGUGACCAGUCAUGGGCUUCACAUGGUCGUAAUGUGAGUGUGGGUCAGUGGGCAGCGUCGCAUGUGCUGACAGGCCUCACACCGCACCUCACCUAUGCCGUGCGGCUCAUGGCUCACAAUGACCUGGGGGUGUCACAGCCAUCACCCCUACAGAUGUUCACCACCACUGAGGAGGCACCCUCAGGAGCACCCAGGGAUGUCCGGGUGGCUGCAGGGGGCCCUCACUCCCUGCUGGUGACCUGGCGUGCCCCCGACCCCAACCUGACUCACGGCGCCCUGCGAGGCUACACACUCGCCCUGCGCCGCCAGAACCUGCAGGGCCACCUUUCCUACAUCACCCGACCUGUCACUGCUGCCCCAGGUGAUGCCGAGGCAGUGGAGCAGUAUGAGGUGCGAGGGCUGGUGCCGGCAUCACUGUAUGAGGUGGCGGUGCGGGCCUUCACCAGGGCAGGGCCGGGGCCACUCUCCUCACCCAGGAUUGUGGACUCUACUGGUGUUGAUGCCCCAUCCUGCCCGCCCUCUGGAGUGUCCUGCCGGGGUUCAGGGCGAGGGGGGGUGAGAGUGUGGUGGUCUCCCCCGCCCAGCCACUGCACCCACGCCCCAGUCAGCGGCUACACCGUCAUCGCCACACCCACGAGGCACACCCACCGGGCCCACCACACCCACCACUCAUCCAGCAGCUCGUGGGAGGUGAACACAACAAACCUGGAGAAGAACCUUGACGCCCUGCCACCCGCCACCAACAUCAGCGUGCGGGUCAAGGCCUUCAACGAGGUGGGCAUCAGUCCGCCGCACGACCCUGUCUUCUGCGUCACCGAGGAUGAUGUGCCGGGGCCGCCCAGGAGAGUGCGGGUCAUCGUGACGGGCCCCAACUCCCUCAUCGUGACGUGGUCUCCGCCCCGCCCCUCCACCGGUGCCAUCCUCCACUACACCCUCUACUCCGCCCGAGAUGACCAGGUGGCAGUGAGGGACGUGGUGGGUGCUGGGGGCUCAGAGGCCACCUGGAGGGAGCUGAGGGGCCUCACACCUUCCUCCAGAGUCCAGGUGUGGGUGACGGCAACCACUGUGGCAGGUGAGGGCACCCAGUCCCCUCGCCUCACUGCCCUGCCCAAGGCCACCCCCUCCCAUGCUCCCAUUGCUGUGGGGGGUGGGGGCCGAGUAUGGAGGGUGGGGGUGGGGUCAGGGGUCACGCUGGGGUGUCGUGGCUUGGGGUCACCGUCCCCCACUGUGUCAUGGACCAAAGGAGGCUCCACCCUCACCAGCGGCCCCCUCAUGCAGCUCCUUCCUGGGGGUGACCUGCACCUCACAGGUGUUCGAGAGACAGCCAAUUACACCUGCUGGGUGAGGAACAGUGAGGGCACAGACAGCUUCACCCACUUGGUGGUGGCAGAGUCAGCCCCGCCCCCGCCUGCCCUCAGCCUUGCCCACGCUACCCAUGGCAGCCUCAACAUCACUAUUACACCAAAGGGCGAUGGUGGUGCACCCAUUCUUGGCUACACCCUCCACCACCGGGGUCGGGCAGGGGAGUGGGUGGAGACAGCAGCAGACCCAGCGGGACACAGUGUGGUGGUGCACAGCCUGGCCUGCGGCGCGCCCCACCACCUCUACCUCACAGCCUGGAACACUCACGGCACCUCAGCCCCCAGCCCUGUUCUCAUCACCAGCACCCUUGGCAGCCCUCCAGGACGGCCCCAUCCAGCUCAGGUGGUGGAAGUGAAUUCCACCUGCGUUACCCUAAGGCUGUACACUUGGCCAGAGGCGGGUUGUCCUGUCAACUACUGGAAGGUUGAGCGAGGCAGUGGGAGUGGAAGCACAGGACUCCCCUGGACGCCCCUCUUUGCACGCCUUCCCAGGUCUACAGCAGACCUUGGCCUGUGUGACCUUCCUGCAACCCCUUGGCACCUGCUGAGGGUGACGGCAGCCUCCUCAGCAGGGGACACAACAGUGGUGUACCGCGUGGCCACCCCGCGGGGGGCUGGGGGAGGGGCCCUCACUGCUGAGGCUGUGCAGGAGGUGCUGGUGGGUGGUGGUGGCGGGGUGGUGGCUGGCGGGGCGGCCAGCUGGCUAGAUGCCCAUGUUGUGGCCGGGGUGGUGAGCGCUCUCCUGCUGGCUACUGCACUCAUCAUCUGUGUCUGUGUUGCCGUCAGGAGGCGGAGGUACGAUGGCUACAGGCAGGGUGGCAGUCUGGAUACCAAAGGUGGAGGUGGCGAGGAUGAUAAUGCCCGCAACUCUGAGCUGACCCGCGCCCACCUGUACUCCCCGACGCCCACCAAGAAGCCCCGGGGGUCGCUGGCAUCCCUCAAGACCCAGGACGACACCUCAGACCCUUAUGAGAUCUGCCCCUACGCCACCUUCAGCGUGGGGAGCUCAGAGGGAACACUGGAGUAUGGUCUGUCCCUUCACUCCGUCACCCCAAGAGACUGCCUCGACCACCCCAUCCACAGCGACAGGCGAGCACAGCAGUCCCCUUCUUACGGCCAAGUGGGGCGGCAGCGGGCACAGUCCCACUACAAGGAGACUGAGAUAUCCUACAUCAGCAGCAGCAGCAGGAGUCGAGGAGAGUAUGGCAGCCGCCCCAAGUCUCUUCCUGGUGCUCCCCAGCCCUCAGGCGGCACCCCAGGAGCUCCGGCAGCCCCCGCAGAGCAACGAGAAUGGACAGAUGGCUCAAAGGACACCCGGCAGCGUCCCCACCGGUCAAGAAGCCGCACCAGAGGUGAGGCUGCUCGCCGGGACUCCAGCACCGAGAGCAAUGACGCGUCUACCUCUCCUGUACAGCAGCGGCAGCACUACCAGCACCCCAAGGCCCCAUCACAGCACCACCAGCACUAUAUACAACAACUGCCUCCCUCGCAGCAGCAACAGCAGGGAGCAGGGGGUGGUGUAGGAGGGAGAGCUGGCCCCCACCCCCUGCCACCUGUCCGCCAUGCCAGGGCACGGAAUGGCUCUUCAUCUAGUGGCACCUCCUCCCCCCUCACGCCCCCACGGCCUCUCCAUCCUCCCUCAGGGUUCUCUGAUUCAAGGGAACUGUCUGAAGCUGAGUGUGACAGAGAACUACUCAAGGCAGAAGGAAGAGGACCCAAUGAGGGUGUGAAGGUCCGAGGCAGAAGGACAGAUGGUGGCAGUGACAGCCUCGGGGCAGAGCUGACCCACCUGCUGCAGCGUUACCAGACCCAGAACAGCCACAGUGCAUCCCAAAAGUCCCCUUACAGCAUAAAUGUGUAGCUUUAGCUGUCUGAAUGUCAGCACAACCGAGGUACUAAUUUGCGCUGGCUGUGGCUCCGGUCUUUCUCUCUGGCGUCCUGCUUGUCAAUGUUUUGUUGUUUAAUUAAAACAAGAUGGCCAAAGAAUUACCGAUACAAGAAGCCAUCGUUGUGUGUCGUGGUGUCUAUGGUGUGUCCCUCCCUUGUUCCCAUUGGCUGGGAGACUGUGGUGCUCGGGACCAAGCCGCCUCUUUCUUCAGUCAAACAUCCCAAGAGCUUUAAUUCCAGUACUCAUAAUUCACUUUCUUAAAAUAGCUCCUUUGAAUACAAGUUCACUUUUUUAUAAACAGAAUGAUGUUAUGAGUGAAGUACACAUUAUUGCAGCUUUUUUUGUGUGUUGAAAUAGCAGUGUGGAUCCGUUCAUAAGGACUCAAAGGCAAAUGGCAACCACCAGAAUGUAAACUUUGGUGCUGUGUGACAGUCUGCGCUGCCGGGCAUACGGGGCACAUGACCCUCCCUCAAGGACUCAUUGGUGUACAAGUCAAUGGAUUGAUGGUAAAUCACUUUUAUGAACCCUUUUGUGAAGAUGAAGAGAAAAUACAAAUUUAUGAACAUAUGUACAUAACUGAAAUUGAAACAUUUAUUUAAAAGAUAUUUAAUGUAUACGUUCAAAUAUGACUAUGACUGUUUGUGUGUCUCAAUAAUAAAUCCAUUAUCAGUA